CCGUACAGUGCCCUUGUAUGAAGCGCAGACGCUGACUGGGAUCACGCUUGCAUUUGGGGAGAACCUUGGCCUCUCUCUCGGUUGAGUUUAUAUCAGAACUACCUAAAAUUUAGGUGAAAUCAUGGCAGCAAGGUUUUUGUUCCGUCGUGCAGUCCCUGCUUUGAGACAAGUACGUUGCUAUGCUGAUGCACCCGGCGGUGCACCGCAGAUGUCCUUCACAUUUGCCUCGCCGAACCAGGUAUUCUUCCAAAAUGCCAGCGUGAAGCAGGUCGAUGUACCAACACUGACAGGCGCUUUCGGCAUCCUUCCAGCUCAUGUUCCAACCCUGCAGGUUCUGAGGCCUGGAGUUGUCACCGUCUACAAUGAUGACGGUUCAGCCGCAAAGUACUUCGUGAGCAGUGGCUCGAUCACAGUGAAUGCAGACUCCUCUGUGCAGCUCCUUGCAGAAGAGGCUGUGACUCUGGACAGUCUCGAUCUCCCCGCCGCUAAAGCUAACUUGGAGAAGGCCCAGGCUGACCUCGUCGGUGUCUCAGGCGAGGCUGCCCGCGCAGAGAUCCAGAUCGCCGUAGAGGCCAAUGAGGCCAUUGUCAAGGCCCUGGAGUGAAGCACUUACUCAGCCUGUGGAUGUAUUGAUGUUAAGAUUAAAAAGAAAACCACCUGCUCCUCACUUGUUUUCCCAAGUCCUGUCCAGUCCGUAACGACAAGCCACCAGGCCUGUUAUGUACAGUCAAUGAAUUUACCAAUAAAUUUAUUUGGAAAUAUUCA